GUGACCUGCAGAUUUAAAGUCAUGUGAGCGUCAAGCCGGAAGUUCAGUUAGAUCCAACAUGGCGGCGGUGCAGAAUUGUCAUCUCUGAAGAAGUAAACAUUUAGUUUGGUUUUAACGGUUUAACCGACAGACGGUGUUCACGGCGGGGCUUUCUAUCGCAGACCAACACUAUGGGCUCUGACUAACAUCCGCAGCUCGGUGUGACGAAGACGGAGAGAAAAAGAAGCGUCACCCCUGACUCAUCCUCCCAGUGGCGGCCAUGUCUCUGGGCGAGCCCACAUCGGAGUCGGCACCGUUCUUCUCCGAUGACAGCGAGGCAGAGGGAGCAGAGGAGCGCGCCGGGGCGGCGGAUGCGCAGUCGUCGCUGGAAGAGUCGGCCAGCGGCGUGACGAAGGGCCGAGCGCUGCUCACCGUCCUCAUCCUCUGCUACAUCAACCUGCUCAACUACAUGGACCGCUUCACUGUGGCAGGAGUUCUCCCCGACAUCGAGCAUUACUUCGGGAUCGAUGACGGGAAGUCCGGCCUGCUGCAGACAGUUUUUAUCUGCAGCUACAUGUUCCUGGCUCCCGUCUUCGGUUACCUUGGCGACCGGUACAACAGGAAGUUGAUCAUGAGUGUGGGCAUCACGUUCUGGUCGCUGGUGACACUCGCCAGCUCGUACACGCCCCGAGAGCACUUCUGGGCGCUGCUGUUGACUCGUGGUCUGGUCGGCGUGGGGGAGGCGAGUUACUCGACCAUCGCUCCGACCAUCAUCGCCGACCUCUACGUGAAGGGGAAGAGGACCAACAUGCUCUCCAUCUUUUACUUCGCCAUCCCCGUCGGCAGUGGGCUGGGAUACAUCGUUGGCUCACAAGUCGGUGGUUUGGCUCAGGACUGGCACUGGGCUCUGCGGGUGACCCCCGGGCUUGGGCUGAUCGCCGUGCUACUGCUGCUGUUCGUCGUCCAGGAGCCCAAACGAGGAGCGAUCGAAGCCCGGCCAGAGCACCACCUGCACCAGACCAGCUGGCUGACCGACCUGAAGGCCCUCAGCAAGAACUAUAGCUUUGUGCUGUCGACGCUCGGCUUCACGUCGGUGGCGUUCGUCACUGGCUCGUUGGCUCUCUGGGCGCCCACCUUCCUGUUCCGAGCGGCCGUGUUCACCGGGGAGAGGGAGCCCUGCGUCGAGGGGAACUGCGCCUCGUCAGACAGUCUGAUCUUCGGGGCGAUCACGUGUGUGACGGGCGUGCUGGGCGUGGCGAGCGGCGUGCAGAUCAGCCGGGCUCUGAAGACGAGGACGCCACGGGCCGACCCGCUGGUCUGCGCCGCCGGCCUGCUGCUGUCGGCGCCGUUCCUCUACCUUGCCAUCGUGUUCGCUCAGGCCUCCACCAUCGCCACAUACGUUUUCAUCUUCCUGGGAGAAACAUUCCUAUCGAUGAACUGGGCCAUCGUGGCUGACAUCCUGCUGUACGUUGUCGUUCCCACUCGUCGCUCCACAGCUGAAGCUCUGCAGAUCGUUUUCUCUCAUUUUCUGGGAGACGCAGGAAGUCCAUAUAUGAUCGGAGUGGUGUCAGACUCUCUGCGUCAGACCGACUCCUUCCUGUGGCAGUUCCGCUCCCUGCAGCUCUCUCUGCUGCUCUGCUCCUUCGUCGCCGUCAUCGGAGGAGGAUUCUUCCUCGCCACCGCCCUCUUCAUCGAAAGAGACCGGGACCGCGCAGAGAACCGCGCCCCCUCUGACUCGCCUUUAUGACCCUCCCCCUGAUUCUGAUUCGCUGUAGUGAACGACGAGCCGAUCGUGGUGCCGAGGAGCGGCCGCUCCACCAGAGUUCCUGUGUCCAGCGUCCUCAUCUGACCCUGGAACAGUUUUUAUUCUAUUUAAGGCUCUCCGACUCUGAGCAGGGAGCGGAUCAUCUGCCAUGCAGAAACGUUUUAAGAUAUGUUUAUUUUUUAAUUCUGGACAUUAUAACUUUUUAUAAUUUGACCGUGCUGGGAACGCUGCAGACGUUUUGCAUCAUUUUGAUGUUUUUCCGAGCGGAAGGAGACACAGGAUCAUAACGUCUCUGGACUGUAAACGGCUGGUCUGGGAUCAGCUGCAGGUCCAGAAACAUCCACAACCCAAAGACUGAUGGUUUUAUUUUAUAUACAGAAGCUUUAUUAAUCAGUUAAUAACCACGUGUUUGUUUAUGUUUGAGUGACACUAAUAUUCUUAAGAAGCAGGAAAUAUCUUUUAAUUCAUCGGUUUAUAUUUUACAAACGGUUCGUCUGUUUUUAACCUUUUAUUUAAACGUCUCCGCUGUUAAAGGGACUUUUUAUUCUCAGAGCUUCACCAAGUCGACUGACGGGGAGAAAACACGCCGCAAAACAUUUUGUCUUAUUUAAAAAUUAGAAAAAAAGAAAAAAAAACUCUUUUUAAAUGAAUGUUGAUAAUCAAAGUUGUUUGUUAACCUCAAAUUAUUUUAGCAAAUCAUUUUUGUGAACUUAAUAAAUGAGAAUUAACUUGU